AUAAGCCGCGAGGAGUGGGCGGCUCGAAUGCAGGCCGCUGACGUACCAAAAGAGCUCCUAAAAAAUCUAGUGAUGGACUACUUUGUGAAGCGGGGAUUCACCAAAGCGGCGAAGGCGUUCCAGAGGGAGUCGUUCACGGAGCCGGUAAAGUAUGGACCCGAAGAUGAGGAUAAACCCAUCCCCGUGGACCUCGCCGAGCUGGAGCCGAAGAGCAAGGUGAAUCAGGCCCUGCAGGACGGGGAGAUUCUAAAGGCGAUCGAGGUGGUUAACCAACUUGACCCAAAGAUACUGAGGGAUAGGCCUGCGCUGAACUUCAAGCUCCAUCGGGAGCGUCUACUCGAGCUAGUACUUGCAGACAAAGUCGAGGAGGCGAUCAACUUCGCCAAGGACGUCCUCGUGCCGCUCGGAGACGGGAACCAUGAGCUCCUUCACACGAUGGAGGAAGUGAUGGCUCUGCUGUUGUUCACGGAUCGGAAGCAGGCUGAGGAGUCUGUGUGGGGGAAGUCUCUGGGCCUGGACGACGAGGGCCAACGACGGGAUAACAUCGCACAUGAGAUCAACAGCGCGAUAAUGAACCACCAGGAGGGCCUGGAGCCGGACGACUUCGACCCGAGAGUGACGGAGCCGAAGCUUCACAUGAAGAUGAAGGAGCUGCUCAUCAAGCAGAGGAAACUUUCUGAGAAAGGGGUAAAGUUUCCGAAGGUU